AUGGGACAGAAAGAUUUCCCGGAAUUGUCGCAAGACCAGCUUGAAAAAGUGGUUUCAGAUGUGACCCAGUACGGCUUAUCAGCAGGAUUGGUGAUGUAUCCACCAGCUCCAUUUUCCAAGUAUGCUCCAACACUGGCGCCUAUAACUAUCUUUCCCACGCCUUUUCCACGUAAGCAAUUUGAAAAGAGUUUGGCAAUUGAAAAAACAUAUAACAAGCUUUAUGCAGGAGUGGUUUCCGAGUACAAAUGGUUGACUCAUAUUCUCAAGGACUUGGCCGUUCACGAUAAAGAUUUCACUGGAAAGCUAUGGGAUUGCUAUCUGCAGGCGUUGUCGAAUGGAAUCGUUCAAGACGUUUCGCUGGCAUUGGUGAGAUCUGAUUACAUGUACGACGAACUUUUGAAUGAAAUAAAGCAGGUCGAGUUCAACACUGUGAGUGUGUCCUUUGGUGGGUUGAGUCCAAAAGUAGGUCGUGCUCAUAACUAUCUAAACAAGGUUGGCCUAUACGGACAGAUUUCAAACGAGGCCUACUACAGGGAUGACGAGCUUCCUGUCAGUGAGAGUGAUGAAAACUUGGCCAAGGGUUUGUACUCCGGCGUCAAAUACUACAAUGACAAGUAUUUAUCUGGAGAAAACAAGUCGAUCGUUUUAAUGGUGGUUCAGCCCGCUGAGCGAAAUGCGUUUGAUCAAAGAGCAAUCGAGUACCACUUGCUAUUCAAAUACAAUACGGUCUGCAAAAGAGUGGAUUUGCCAGACGUUUUGUCAUCGACAGAGAUAAAGUACCACGACAAAAACAGGCUAUUUUAUCAAGGUUGUGAGGUAUCGGUUGUUUAUUACCGAUCUGCCUAUGGACCCUCCGAGUUCGAAAUGCCUGAAACCUGGAAAUCUAGAACCACAUUGGAGUGCACUCUAGCUGUCAAGUGCCCUUCUUUGUUGACUCAAUUGAGUGGCUCCAAAAAAGUCCAGCAGUUGCUGACCAGCAAAACUGUGUUGGCGCAGUUUUUGGACAACAAAGAAAUAGCUGAGAUCCACGACACCUUUUGCAAGAUCUAUCCUCUUGAUGACUCUGAAGAUGGAAAGUUAGCGAAGGAACUAGCGUUUUCAAGACCUCAAGACUUUGUGUUGAAGCCUCAAAGAGAGGGAGGCGGAAAUAAUAUCUACAAAGAAGAUAUUCCAGUGUUUUUGAAAAAUCUUCCAGAAGCUGACUGGGAAGCUUAUAUUCUGAUGGAAUUGAUACAUCCUAAGAAUCACAAAAACCUCAUUCUUAGAAAUGGAGAAAUAUUAGACGAUGGAAUAGUGUCAGAGCUAGGUAUUUUUGGCAGCUAUUUGUUUGAUGAAAAGUCCGGAAAGGUUUUAGAUAACCAAGUUUUAGGCCAUUUACUUAGAUCCAAAACUAGCUCAAGUAACGAAGGCGGUGUGGCGGCUGGUUACGGUUGUGUGGAUAAUUUAUAUUUAUACUGA